GUUAGGUGGGAUCGCGCCCUAUUCAUGACAUUCCCCUAGACGUGAGGCAACUCCAACUGCACCCUAAAUCUUCAUUUCCAUCUUCCGGUCGCCGUACUACCUCCGCCCUCAAUUUCUCGACUGUCAUUCCUCUUAUUAGCCUCCGUGUGGAUACCAAAGGGUUUUGAGGUUUGAGCUUGUUCUAUCGAAAAAUCAUAUGAUUCUAGGGUUCUUGAGUUUGCUACACGGUAAAACGAGAAUCUUUCCUCUGGUUUCACGCUGAGUUGCUGUGAUUUGUUUGCCCCUGCAAUUGGUUUUCCCUCAAGUUCCACCACAUGGAUGAUCAUCAGGAAAUGGAAAGGUUUGGCAUGGAGAACGAUUUUGAAGAUGGUCAGUGGAUCAGUGGUGAGUUCUACUACCGGAAGCGCAAAGAAAAGAAGCGUGUUCAAACCAAGGAUGAUGUCCUCUAUGGUGUUUUUGCUUCCGACGAUAGUGACUCUGACUAUGAGGGAUCCUGCAAGAAGCGGAAAAAAGGCCUUUCCACGAAGGCUGACCUUACCAAACCUGUCAACUUUGUUUCAACUGGAACUGUCAUGCCCGACCAAGAAAUAGAUCGCAAUUUCAAAGAGGAGAAGAACCAGAAAAUGUCCGAAGAGAGCAAAGGUUUGGGAUCCGGAGCAUCUGUUGGCCUUGGAUUUGGUACUAGUUCCUCGAAGAAUAUUGCUGCUGAUGGAUACACCAAAACACAGGCCCAGAUUGAAAUUGAAGAGGAAAACUUUCUGCCCACUGCUUUUGGGAGGAUGAUUAAAGAAGGUGCCCUAAGACGUGAGAAAGAAAGGGAAAAGGAGAAGUCUAUGUUGGCCAAGAAAUCAUCUGAAUCAGGGAGAAGGGAACCUGGUGGUGAUGUUGGUGGCUUUGAGAAGCAUACCAAGGGGAUUGGGAUGAAGUUGCUUGAGAAGAUGGGUUAUAAGGGAGGUGGGUUGGGAAAAAAUGAGCAAGGAAUUUUGGCUCCGGUCGAGGCAAAGCUUAGGCCCAAGAAUAUGGGAAUGGGCUUCAACGACUAUAAGGAGACUAGUGCACCAACUCUUCAAGAAUCAGAGGGAAAGCCUGUUGCUCGUCCUGCUCAACCUGUGGAAGGCCACUCAAAAGAGAAGCUUUGGUCAAAGCAAGCUAAAAAACUGAAGAAGGUUUACAUUACAGCUGAAGAGUUGUUAGCCAAAAAGCAGGAGCAGGGCCUGGAAGUUGUUCAGAAGGUCUUUGAUAUGAGGGGUCCACAGGUUCGAGUCUUGACGAAUCUGGAGAACUUGAACGCUGAAGAUAAAGCAAGGGAAAAUGAUGUUCCAAUGCCUGAACUUCAGCAUAAUAUUAGGUUGAUUGUGGAUUUGGCGGAACUCGACAUACAAAAAAUUGACAGUGAUUUAAGAAAUGAGAGAGAAACAGUUGUUGCUUUGCAGAAGGAGAAGGAGAAGUUCCAAGCUGAGGCAGCUCGCCAGAAAAGGCAGCUUGAUAAUAUGGAAGAGAUUGUCAGUGUAUUGGACCGGAUUGGGGAAGAGAGCACAUCUGGUACUCUGAACCUAGACUCCCUUGCAGCAGCAUUUGCAGAUUUGCAGCAGCAGUAUUCUGAGGAAUACAAACUCUGCAACUUGUCAAGCAUAGCAUGCUCAUAUGCUCAGCCUUUAUUUAUACGUGUUUUUCAAGGAUGGGAUCCACUUCAAACUCCAACACAUGGAAUGGAGGUGGUUUCCAGGUGGAAGUAUCUUUUGCAAGGGGAUGACAUUUUUACUAUCUCUGAUGCUGCAUCUCCUUAUACUCAAAUAUUCAUGGAAGUUGUUUUCCCUGCCAUUAGAAUAUCCGGCACCAAUAACUGGCAGGCAAGGGACCCUGAACCAAUGCUUCGUUUUUUGGAGUCCUGGGAGAAGCUGUUGCCUCCUGUAGUCCUUCAGACAAUACUGGAAAACAUUGUCUUGCCCAAGUUAUCAGCUGCUGUGGACUCCUGGGAUCCACGUCGAGAAACAAUUCCAAUUCAUUCCUGGGUUCAUCCAUGGCUGCCCUUAUUGGGUCAAAGGUUGGAAAGCUGCUAUCACACUAUACGUAACAGAUUGGAAAGUGUACUGCAUGCUUGGCACCCAAGUGAUAUGUGGGUUUCUAUGAAAACUGAAUGGUAUUCCCCCCUUCUUCUAUUGUUUUCUGCUCCACUUCUGCAACUUAAUCCUUUCUAUAUUUGCGAUAAUUGUUUUGCUGCUGCUUCCUUUUUCUUUUCUUUUUCCCCUCUACACUGCUCGACGUUUUCUUUGCUUGACCUAAGGUAUUGCCUUCUCCUUCAAACUAGCAGGAAUGAGAAGCCAUGUCCAGCUACUGGGCUUGCACAUUUCUCCCUGCUGUAUUUUGUAGCUAUUCUUGAACCAUAA